UAAGAACCCGCAUCUUUCAUCUCAUUUCCCCGCACGUGGAUAAGGUUCGGAAUCGAAAACGAAAAAUCAACAGUCAUUAAAAUCUUUGGUUGCAUAAACAGCCUUUCAAAAUUUGACUAGGAAUUCUCGCGAUUUGCAUCCGAAGGAAAACGCAGUAACUCGUCGUCCAUCUGCUUUGGUGUCUCAAAAGCGACCAUAGACAAUAGCCUCGAUCAUGACCGACAAACAAAUCGAGGGGCUCAUUGCUCCAAAGACGGGGGAACUUGUGGUACCAGCUGUUGUCGAAGAAUCAAAUGAGCACCAAAUACCAGAUGGCGGCUAUGGCUGGGUAUGCGUCGCCUGCGUAACGACUGUGAACUCAUUCACCUGGGGUGUGUUUGGAAGCUACGGUGUAUACCUCGCCUACUAUCUAGCAAACGACAUUUAUCCUGAAGCCACGCCUUUGGACUAUGCUUACAUCGGUGGGCUUAACUUUGGAGUUGCCAUGAUUAUGGCAUCUCCAGUCACGUAUCUCGUCAGAAUCUUUGGAACACACAUUCCUAUGGCUGUCGGAGCACUCAUCCAGAUGGGUGGUUACAUAGCGGCUAGUUUCUCCACGAGGAUCUGGCAUUUAUAUUGCACACAGGGCAUUCUACUCGGCAUUGGAGUGGGCUUUCUGUUUACGCCCAGCGUUGCUGUGACCUCGCAAUGGUUUGAUAAGAAGCGCUCACUUGCCAAUUCAAUCAACUCCGCCGGUACUGGUAUCGGUGGUCUCAUCAUAUCAUUCUCCACUCAACCAAUGAUUGAUCGUCUGUCUCUGGCAUGGUCGCUACGUAUUAUUGGUAUCAUGGCUGGCACUAUGAACCUCCUUGCUACCUGUUUCAUUCGUAACAGAAACAAGGUCAUCCAGCCGACGAUGAAUCCUUUUGCUUUCCAUCUGCUACGCCGCCUCCCAGUCAUCCUGCUCCUCUGUUGGGGCUUCUUCUCCAUGCUUGGUUAUAUGGUGUUGUUGUACUCGCUCUCCGACUUUGCACGUUCAAUAGGGUUGUCCAAGUCUCAGGCAUCCUCUGUCACCGCUCUGAUGAACCUUGGAACGUUGAUCGGUAGGCCGGCGCUCGGGGUACUGAGUGAUCGUUAUGGGAGGAUGAAAGUGGCCGGGAUUGCAACCUUCGCUUGCGGCGUUGCUAUCUGGGCUCUCUGGGUGCCGGCUGCUUCGUACGCGGUGACUGUUGUGUUUGCUCUCAUCAAUGGUAUGGUGGCGGGCACAUACUGGAUGGCACUGAGCCCCCUCUGUGUCGAGGUAGGAGGUCUGAUAGAGCUCCCGUCACUACUCGCGCUUUCAUUUGGUACAGCAAUUCUUCCAACGACUUUUGCAAUGGUCAUUGCAUUGAAUAUAAAAAAGCCUGAUGCAGACAAGCCAUAUCUUUAUCCUCAAGUAUUCACUGGUCUGGCGUAUCUUGCCGCCAGUGCAUUCAUGCUUGCUCUCUGGCUGAUUCAAAGAAGGAAGAAACUGGUUUCAAUAUAGGACGCGUCAGGAGGAGACAAUUCAGGGGAUGACCAAUGCACGGCCGAGAUGAAGUAAGCUGAAUAAGGUGAUUUGAAAUUCUCACGCUUUUCAG